AUAACACGAUCAUGGCCGCCGGUUGAGUAACUCGCAGUUUACCUUUUGCCGCAGUGAUUUACGCGCGAAAUGGGCUCGAGAUUAAGGCCUUUCCCUGAGAGGAUUUUUGAGUGCUUUUUGGAAGUCGCUGCCCCGACAGAUAGUGAAGGUCCAGAAACAAAGUUUAUUCAUCCCACAGACUUUGAUGAAAAAGAAGCAUUAAAGGCAAUUCCUCAGUUUUGCUAUCCUUGUGUCACAAGUUCGGAAGCUGUCCAGCACUACACUUUUGUUCUCACUGAUAUUGAAGGAAAGUAUAGAUUUGGGUUUUGCCGCUAUUCUCCAGAUGUCAAGACCUGCCUCUGCAUUUUAAGCUAUUUGCCGUGGUUUAAAUUUUUUUAUGAGCUUCUGAAUAGGAUUUCAGACUUGAAGAGAGAAAAUGAGAUUAAUGCCAUACUUCCAAUACUGAAUCAUCUAUAUGGUCAAGCACCUAAAGAACCAGGCUCCAAGUUAUCUGUUGCAGUGGAUGGAAGCAAAAGAGAUAUUUCCUUUGUUGUGCCAGACACUACUAAGCUACCCAGUAUACCAGAUGAUAGGAACCUGACAGAUUACUUUGCUGCUGUCCAUCCCUCGAAUAUGAUUUUUAUAUUUGCCAGUAUGUUCUUUGAAAGAAGAAUAAUAGUGACAUCCAAGAAGCUUAAUUUGCUAACUGCUUGUACAUAUGGAGCAUCAUCCCUUUUAUAUCCGAUGCACUGGCAACACAUGUUUGUUCCUAUUGUGCCACGGCAUCUGUUGGACUACUGUUGUGCACCAAUGCCAUUUUUGGUGGGAGUUCAUUCAUCACUAAUGCCGAAAGUUCGUCUAAUGCCACUUGAUGAAGUUGUUAUUUUUGAUGCUGAUACAAAUACAAUAGAAAGUCCAUUUGAUGAUGUAGCACAGCUUCCUUCUGAUGCAUUAUCAACUCUCAAGAGCACCCUUAAAAAACCUGUUUAUCCAAUUGAUGACCAUGUUUCAAGGGCUUUUUUAUGUGCCAUGGUGUCACUUAUAGGAUGCUACAGAGAUGCUUUACGGCUCAAGACUGGCGAAAAGAUUGUCUUCGACAGGGACUCAUUUGUCCAGUCAAAGUCUAACAGUAAAAGACAGUUACUGGAAUUCAUUCUUCAGUUGCAAAUAUUUGAACAGUUUAUUGCAGAAAGACUAGACAUGUUAAAUGAAGGAAGAGGAUUCAACGAUGCUUUUGAAGAACAAAUCGGUUUACAGGCUGAAAAUAAAGGAAGCUGGAAAUCACAGUAUCAGUCGUGGAUGAAUGAAACUAAGAAAUCUGGCGGUGCUUUCCUCGAUAAGGCUGGUAACAUGGUGAAGAAACAGUGCAAGAAUAAAUGGAAAACUGCGAAGGAUGGAAUUAAAUCAGUUAGAGCUGAUUUAGCGGAUAUACUGAAGGGAAAGGAUGAGGACGAGUAUGCAGGAGAACAGAAGAGAUCAAAUACCAAUCCGGAAUUCAAGUCGUUCUCAGUUUACAGACUUUCACCUUUUAACAAGAGAAGAACAAUUUCGCCUGUUGAGUUCGAAAAACUCAAACUGGAAAGUGGCGCAAAGGAGCGCCCACCCAGACCUCCUCCGCCUCGGCCAAGUCCUUACAGCGCUUCUGCCAAGCGCCCUCGCGCUUCAGUCAUGUCAACAGCGGAGGGAAAGUUCUCCCCUAAGCUGGUUGCACGCAGCAGUGCCCCCAAUCUGUCAUUGGAACCUGUUGUGGCCGAACUCAUCUCACUGGAUGACAUUCCAAAUUCGUCAAAUGCUAGUGAUAGGACACAAGGCUCGACUGAUUCUUUGGAAAUGGGCUCUUUAAAUACAUCCAGCGAGGAUACAAAUUCAUUCCUACCCCUAGAAACAUCCAUAAAUGAAUACUCUGCUGGAGACAUCACUCCCUCGGGAACCUUUAGCUAUGAGGAUGUAGACAUAAACGUAAGACGAUCAAAUUCAACUAGGCAUAGUUCAGAGAGUAAUGAAGCGUCUGUAGAGAGGAGCAAAUCAUCUCCGUCACGACCAAAACCACCAGUUCCAAAGAGACCAGCUUCGGUAAAGAGAAAGCCUCAAGACUCAGCGAACCCUCUAUUAGAAAACGCACACAUGGGGGAUAAUGUUACAUCAACGUCAAGUGCGACGAAGCCACCCAAAUCAGUGGACGAUAUAUUAGAAAGUGCUCAAAUUGAUGACACGAUUUCUCCAUUGAGGCCAGUGUCGUUAUCAUUAUUACGAGACACGAUGGCGUCACUUCCGGUUGAUGCACAAGAGUUUUUGUUUCCUGAGACGGACGUUAAGUCUCUUGAAGUGGGUACUGGAGCACAAAAUAGCAGUAAUGCAAAUCCAAAUUUAGGAAAUAAUAGAAAUGAAGCUGAACUUCCACAAAGUGUCUCGACGUCGAAUCAUAUAGGUGCUGUGGAUUUAUCUCUCUUGGAAAUUAGAACAGACAGUGGUCCUGAUCGCAAUGUGCCAAAGAGUAACCAAGCGCUAGAAGUCAACCAAAAUGUGGAUACCAAGAGCGAAGAAAUCAAGUGCGAUAAACAAAGUGGUACUUCUAAUUCCCAGCAAAGUUGGGUUAACUUUGAUUAAUGUAUAUAAUAUGUUAAGUAUGAAAAUUUCUCAUAAAAUUACUUUUAUUCGGUCGUCAAAUGCUGGCGAGUGAUUUUUUGAAUUUCAAUCAUCGACUUCAUUCUCGUUGUUGUAAAAUUCAAAUAUGUAGAAUGUAAAUCAAGUAGCUGCCUAUUUUACGCCCACGACAAAUUUGUAUGGAAAUAUUUUGGGUCGAUCCCGUUCUUGUUUAUAUUCUACGGUCAUUUAAACUUGUUGGGAAUCAUCCACGUCUAAUAACCGGAAAACAAACACAAGAUUAAAGAUAUAUCUUAACAUU